AUGAACACAAAAGAUAAAAGCCAACACAAAUUGACCUUUCAUUAAAGGAUUAAGGAAUUUUACCUUGAAGAGAGUUAUGCAUUAGUUACAAAAUUUAAUAGAUCAUUUUUACUCAGCAUCUUUCUAGUCAUUUUUAAGCACUUCUAGUAUUUUUUACUUCAAAUUACACCUAGCAUCGCUAGCAAGCUGCAAAUUAUUUCAGAGAACUCUGAUUUUCUACAAGGCUCGAAUUACUUUCAAAGCAAUAAAACAUUUGAAAUAGCUUUUUUAUACUUAUUUCUAUUCUUAAACUCUUUCAUUUUUAUUGGAUUCUCAUUUUAUUUUAUUCGCUCUAUAAUUUGGUAGCUCAAGCCAAAAGAAAAUAAUAUUCUUUCUUUAGCUUUUUAAAUAUAUUACUAUGCUUUCUACUUGAUUUCACUUCUUUGCUCAAUUCUUCUAUUAAAUUAGUAUCAAAUAGCAAGUAUAAUUAACUUCGUACUAACAAUAAUCAUAACUUUCAUAAAAGUUUUUCAUGAGUAUGAUGACCGCUUUGUAAGAUAAGAUUUUCUUUCAAUUAGAAAUUUAUGGUAGAGAACUAUUUGCUGUUCGCUUGAGUUAGUUUUACCUAUCGCUUAUGUCUAUUCGAAAGACAACUAAUUACUCAUAACCAUAAUUAUUUUUUAUUUGAUCAUUUUAUCAUUAGAACUCUUUUAUAUCCCAAUUUAUAAAUAAGAAGUGUAGGUGCUAAAUAUUUGUGGAUUUGUAUACAAUUUAUUAGCAACUAUUAAUGCUUAUUUGAUGCUUAAUACUAAUUUCUGGAGAAUUUAUUUUCUUAACCUUCUUAUAUUUAUACCAUUGAGCUUUUUAUUUGCCAAAAAUAUGGUUAAAAUGAGGAUAAGGUAAAUUUGCUAGGAAUAAUUAUAUAAAAAUAAUAUUAAAAUGGAGUUCAAUGGUAAUUAAUCAAAAUAAUUGUAAUAGCAUAACAUCUAUUCUUAGCGAGAUCUAGACUCACUUGAUAUUUAUUUAAGAUCUAUCUAUGAAAUCUGUAAACUCAGUUAUGAUGAUUACUUAUCUUCUUAUUCAUCAUUAUAUUUAGAAUAUAUUAUACAAAAUCAUUAAAAAUAUUGUUAAUAAUAUCCAUAUUGCUUUUGCGCUGAGGAUAUCAUUGACUAGGAGUAAAGAGAGUCAACAGAACUUAGAAGCAAAUUUCUUUAUCAUUACAUAGAAUAAAUUUAUUGGCAAGCGAUUUAGGUGAAUUCUCAUUAAUCUUAAAGCAAUUUACUUUUUAGCUAUUUGAUGUUUGUUAUCGAGGUUCAAAAAAAUGAAACCAAGGCUAUUACAAUCGCUUUAGAUUAUUUACAAAAUAAAAAGAACGUGAUGGGUAUGCAUUAAUAAUAGAGAUUAUUUUUUAUUAUUGGCUUUUUAAAUUAGAAAGUUAAGAUUUUUAACAUCCAGUUUCAAUUGCAAAAUAAAAAUAAAGAAAUAAAUCUAGAUUUUAUUGAAAGCAUCAAUUUUGAUUCUAACAUGUAUAAGAGCUGUCUCCUUUUUUAAUAGUGUUUUCUACUCAAAAAAAUUGCUCUUUAGAGAAUGGGAAAGAAUAUGAUAGAUUUAGAGUAAAUUUAUUAAAUACUCAAGCUACUAAGAUAAAAGAGAGAAGAAUUGCAACUUAUUCUUUCUCUGCUGAUUGAUUUGUACCAUGAUAGUUUUAUCUUACAACAAAUUAUUGAAAUUUAUCAUAAAUCACUUUAAUUUGAUGACUAUUUACAGGAUAAACUAAAUAAAGAAAAAAAAUUUAUGAAUGCUACUUUAGCUUCUCAUUUAUUGCUAUAAAAAAAGAAACUUUCUCUUUAUUCAGAAGAUAGUUGUGUAAUAUUUAUCACACUAUUGUAAAAUAUAGGAACAAUUAAAAAAGUUACAAAUAAUGUUUUCGAUGUAAUACCAAUUUAUAAAGUAAACGAGUUAAUAGGUAAGAAUAUUAAUUAUAUGAUGGCUUAACAAAUUAGCUUGGUUCAUGAUGAUAUACUUAGAAACUUUAUUAAAUAUCGCAAUAUGAACUUUAAAGUAAAAAAUUAUAGUCUUAUAAUUGGCAUAGAUAGCAAUGGAUGGGCGAUACCAUAUGAAAUGAAGAUCUAAACAUGCAUGAUUGAACUAAACGAUUUUGGUGUUUCCUGCUGGAUAAAACAAAUAAAAGAUAGCAAUCAAUACAUAUAAAUGUCAUAUAGCAACAACUUUGAAGUAUUUACCCUUUCUUAAUCCUUUUUCAAAUUAUUUUUGCAAAAUUGUGUUCCUAAAAGCAAUCUUCAUUAAGUAAAAAUGGGUUCACUUAUACCAACGCUAGAGUCUUUCCUAAAAAAAAAUUAUUCUAACACAAAUACUUUGUAUGAGACAUUAAUAUUUAAGCCAAAAAGUGAAUAAUUUUGUUACACAAAUUCUAAUUUUGUUAAAGAUAACAAUCUUGUAAUCAAUAUUUUUGAAUAACAGAUGUUCAAAAUAAAAGCUGACUUUUAAAUUAUCCGCCAUAGUAGCAUAGAUUUUGUUUAAAUGAAAAUUUUAUCUUUGGAACAAUUAGAAGAAUAAAGGGCAAAGUUUGAAGCUGUCAGCUAAUUGCUUAUGGAUUUUUAGUCUUUUUAAAUGUAUGAUACUGAUUUUAUUGAUUGUCAAAGAUUAGUUUUAUAAAAUUAUUUGAUUAAAAUAAACAAAAAUAAUAAAUUUUUGCAAAUGAAGGACUGCUAUCUAAUUGAAUCAUAGAAUGAUUAAGAAGAAUUAUCCGAAUCUGCUUCAGUAGAAAAUAAGUAGUAUUCAGUAAAAGACAAUGAUUAAUAUCAAUAGAUUAGCUUAGGUUAUACAUCUAACAUUUAAGAAGAAAAAAGAUAAAUUUGUUAUGAGCUUAAUGAAAUUCCUACUAAAGUACUAUCCCAUAAGUAAUAAAAAAGUAUUAAACUUGAUGAAGACAAAACCUAAAGUUUUAUUAACUAAAAAUAAAAAACUAAAUCCCCAACUAAAGAUUUAGAAGUCAAGUAAUUAAGCAGUAAAUUCGAUGGUAGUAUCCUAUUUUUAUAAAAUGAAAGCUACAUUGAUCUAUGUUCUCCUUAGUCUAAUAGUUAAAUGUAAAUGAUAUUUAAUGCAGCUACUGGUAAUGAUUUGCUAAAUUCACCUAAAAACGCAAAUAUUUCGAAUAUCAGCUAAAUUUAAUAAUCUUACUAGCAAUUCUUUAAGAAUAAAAGAUUAUCAAGUAAAGAUUCUAUAUUAUAUCCUGAAAGACUUAAGUCACAAAGUAAAAAUGACUACUUUGACUCUAAAUAGGCUACAUUUAUUGAAUAUAAUUUAUAGAAAUCUACCUCUUCAAUUAAUUUAACAAAAACUGAAACAAAAAAGAAUUCUAACAAAAAUAUGAGUAAAUUAAAGACUAAAAUAUCUCAAAACAAGUUAAAUUAAAGCAGCAUUAAACUCUCAGAUAAAAAUACAGAACAAAAAAAGAAGUAAAAACUGAUUUAAGAUAUUAGAAAUCCUAAUAAAAUGACAAUAUUAAGAUUAAUAUAAUAUUUUGGGUUUCUCACAUUAUUAUUGAUGGUUAUCUUAAAUGUAGUUAGUUUUCUUUCUUUGAACACAUAUUUGCAGAAUCAAAAAGAUGACUAUGAAAACUAUGACUGGGCAAACAGAAUGUAGGUUGUUCUCACUUAAAUUUUAGGAACAGAAGCUAUUUAAAAUAUAAUUUCGAUAAACCCUUUAUAUUUACAAUCAAAUGAAAACUCAAAUGUUAUGAUUAAGGAUAUAUUUGUUUAAUAGUAAGAAUAGUUGAAUUUAACUUCUAGACUUCUUUUAACUUAUCAAGAUAAUAAAGUUUAAAGCACUCUAAGUGAUAUCAUUUAAAAUAAAAUAUACAAUCUAACCUUUGCUUAUAACGUUACUCAUUAAAUUUAAGUUCCUCUAAAUUUAGAUUAUGCUUUAAAAAACAUAUUUGCUUAUCUAUUUUAUAUUGUAAAUAACUAUCAGAGUACCUAAAUCGCUCAAAAAGUUUACAUCUUACAACUAUAAUAAAAUAUGAUAAAAUUAAAUUAAUAAUUGGAUAAUGUAGAUGAUUUAAUUUAUGAUGCAAUUCAUUAGACAUUCUCUAAUAUCCAGAACAGUAUAACGAGCUCACAAAUUGCUGAUUUAAUUGUGGCUUCUUUCUUUUCAAUCAGCUUUAUUCCUAUAUAUAUGUAUGUUUAAAAAAAGCGACAGGAUGUUUUGAUACUUUUUUCAACAUUUGGUCCAGAUAAAAUACAAAUAAUGACAGAUAAUUUGAUUGAAUGUGAAUUACAGAUAGAAGUCCUGAAAAAACAACUAAAUAAUAAUAAUUCAGAUUAAGAAAAAGAUACACUUAACAAAUAGCAAAAAAGUAAAGACAAUGAAAAUUAAAAUUUUAAACUUCAAUCUGAUUUAAUAGAAAAGAAAAAAAAUAUAAGCUCUACCACUAAACUUCCUAUUUUUAAAUACUCUUUAAUACUUUAUCUCUCACUUUUUAUUCUAGUGAAUAUUGUAUACCCUUUUGGCAUUGGAUUAGCAUUGAAUUCUUUUAUAGAAACACAGUUGAAUAACUUAGAGUACACAAAUGAAAUAUAUAAAAUACAUCUUUACACAAGUAAGCUAAAUGCAUAUAGAAUGUAAACUAUUUGGACAAAACUUUUAGGAUAGAAUACUGUUAACAAAAUUUAUUUGUCCGAAAACAACGCUUUGAUUUAAAAUAGUACCUAAUAGCUGAAUAACUUUUAUAGUAUUAUUAAUAAACAAAGUGAUCUAUCUAGAUUUGACUACGAUUCAUUCAAUAGUUUAAAUACAAACUUAAUGCAAGGUGAUGCUUGCUUAGUGUCAUCUAAUAAUAUUGGGUAUAUCACAUCUAAAGGAUUUAAUAUAGAAGUGUGCAAUAAAACUGAUAAUGGAAUUUUUAAUUAAGGAUUGAUAAAUUCAGUCAAAUAUUUUUGUGAAGAGAUUAGUUACACAAAUCCUUUGUUUUAGGAAUCAAAUAUAACUAUCUAUAAAUAAAACUUAUUAAAGCAUUUCAAAUAAUUUAGUUUAACAAAUUACUACUAUUACUUAGUAUACGAAUCAUACAUAGUUGAAAUAAUUAGAGGUUUCGUCAAAGAUUUAACACUAAAUGAAUACAACAUGUAUACAAAAAUCAAUAUUUCAUUGAUAAUAACAUAAAUCUUUGCUUUUAUCAUUUCGAUUAUUCUUAUAUAAACUGGGUUCUUUAAUUAGUGCUAUAAUUCCAUAUAUGAUACAAAAAGAUUGUUAGAUUUAAUUGAAAUUUAAUGUCUAAGAGAAAAUCAAUAUUUUGUUUCUUACUUUAGGUCUCUUAAGUGA